UGCGUGCCUUCAAGAAGGAUGUAGGGAACAGAAAAUGGCUCCUUGCUGGCCAAGCAAACUUAAGAGUCUGAUUUCCUGGGUUGGGGCCCUACUCCUCGGUCUGGGCGUGGAAAGGGCUCUGGUGCUACCCGAGAUAUGCACCCAAUGUCCAGGGACUGUGCAAAAUUUGUCAAAAGUGGCCCUUAAUUGUAUGCAGACACCAGAGUUAAUGCUGCAUGCCCGCUGCUGCCUGAAUCAGAAGGGCACCAUCUUGGGGCUGGAUCUCCAGAACUGUUCUCUGAAGGAUCCUGGUCCAAACUUUCCUCAGGCACAUACUGCUGUCAUCAUAGACCUACAAGCAAACCCCCUCAAAGGUGACUUGAACAACACCUUCCAUGGUUUUACUCAGCUCCAGACUCUGGUACUGCCACAAGAUGCCAACUGUCCUGGAGGUAUUAAUGCCUGGAAUACUAUUAUCUCUUACAUAGAUAACAAAAUCUGCCAAGGGCAAAAGAACCAUUGCAAUAGCACUGCGGACCCAGAAAUGUGUCCUGAGAAUGGAUCUUGUGCACCCAAUGGUCCAGGUCUUCUGCAGUGCGUUUGUGCCGAUGGCUUUCACGGAUAUAAGUGUGUGCAUCAGGGCUCCUUCCCACCGCUUAUGUUCUCCGGGAUUCUGGGAUCCACUACACUGUCCAUCUCCAUUCUGCUUUGGGUGACCCAACGACGAAAAGCCAAGAUUUCAUGAACCACAUAGAUCUUCCUAAGAGCAUCCUGAUCUAUCUUAGCCCUUCCAGGGAAAUUGCUUCUUAGACAGGCAUUAUUGGCCAAUGGAUCCUCCUCAAGUUUGAGGCCAUUAGAAGAUGGAAAACUGACGGAAAGGAAGGAGUUGUUGAAUGUUCCUUUGUUAAAUCACAAGAAACCGACUGUACCUAUUUCUCCACGCCACUACUGCUGGGAAAAAAGGGCAUUAAGAAGAAGCUAGGCCUCGGCAAAGUCUCCUCUUUUGAAGAGAAGAUGAUUGCUGAGGCCAUUCCUGAGCUGAAGGCCUUGAUCAAGAAAGGAAAGACUUUGUGAAGAACAUGAAGUGAGAAGCAAUUGCAACAACCAGUUUUCUUAAUUUAUUAAGGCAUCAUGUCACUGUAAAGCCAUUUCAUAUACCUUUGUAUUUUAAUUCAUUUUGAUGAUGGUUAUUAAUGUAUCAUCCCUUCCGAAGUGUGGGUGGGUCUCUUGGCGCAUCAGUAAAAGCAGCCUGUGAUUUCCUUUUUCAAGUUCCCUUCUAUAAACUUCGUGCUUUCUCUUCCAUGAAAAAAAAAAAAAAAGAAGAUGGA